AGCGCACAGCCCCAAAGAUCACCGAGAAGAUGGAUUAAAAGAUUUCUCUUUGUAAUCGGUCGUCUCUCUUUCUCCAUCUUUCUCUUUGUUUGAAACGAGAUAAAGCAUGAAGGUGAUGCAUUUGAGGCCUCUUCCCAAAACCAGUGCAAACUGACCAUGACACAAAUGGAUUGGUUUCACUGCAACAAGUGUUUCCGAAAAGAUGGGGCCCAUUUCUUUGUCACCAGCUGUGGCCAUAUUUUCUGUAAAAAGUGUGUGACUCUGGAAAAAUGUGCUGUUUGUGAAACUGCCUGCAAAUAUCUGGCUCUUUCUGAUAAUCUAAAACCUCAGGAGAAGAUGUACUUCAAAAGCCCUGUGGAGACAGCUUUGCAGUAUUUCAGUCACAUCUCUCAGCAGGUGUGGAGUUUCCAGAAGAAACAAACAGACCUCCUUAUCGCAUUUUAUAAGCAUAGAAUCACAAAAUUAGAAGCAGCCAUGCAGGAGGCACAGCAAACAUUGACCAACCAGGACAAAGAGCUGUCAGUCUUAAGGAAAGAGAAUGGAGAACUGAAGAAAUUUCUAGCCAUCCUAAAGGAAUCUCCAAGUUGGUACCAAGGAAACAGGUUGACCACACCUCGACCAGUGGGCAUUACUUCUCCAUCACAGUCAGUUACUCCACGACCCAGUUCUCAGCAUAGCAGCCAAGUGGUCAGUCGCUCCUCCUCAGUGGAGUCCAUCCCUUAUAGAGUGGCUGGCUUUAGCAACUUAAGACAAGGAGCCAGAGGCCUGCAGGGAAGGAGCACUCCCAGAGACUCUUAUACUGAAACCCCUUCACCAGCUUCCACUCACAGCCUAUCUUAUAGACCUUCACCUGCCUCCUCCGGACAAGGGAUUUUUCCUUUCAGGCCAUCCCUAAAUGGGGGAGAUUCAGGCCACAUAAGAGUCCUCACUCCCAAUAAUUCAGCUCAGAGGGAGAGCAGAACCACACCAGAGAGUCUUCCUGGUUUCCAGCUACCAGUCCUGCAGAAUCUCUACCAACAGAGGCAGAUGGGAUUAGCCAGGGGGAGAGAAGCAUGGAACACUCCCAGAUAGACCAUCUGCAAGUUCUGUGAUGGACGGACGGUAGCAUCCAAUACACAUUUAAGCAUGCCGGCCUUGGAAAAUGUACCCCUGCCUUGUUUCCUGGUUUCACUUUGUACCUUCUCUUUCUCAGUCUUCACCCUAUACACCCUGUAUUACUUCCUAUGAAAGCAGUCAGGUCUUAUGUAAGACUAGUGCUUCCGGAAGAUGUGUAUAUCUCUCUCACAAGAUAUAUGUAGCUCCCUUAUUUCCUACAACUUGAAACAAAGGUUAUAAAAACAGUUCUUGGCAUCAUUAGAGGUCGGGGAGGGGGUUAUACGCUCAUUAACCAUGUUUUAUUUCUGGAUUUCGCUUUUUAGCUAUUCUCCCACUGGCAGUGUUAACAAGCAACAACUGUGUUCCUUGCCCUAAUUUAUUAUACUUUUUCUAUUUGCCUAUUGUUUCCUCUAUGCCUAGUUACUAUUAAAUGUGUUGUUUUUCCUUUUUGUUUGGUAACAGUUGGAGACACAGGCUUUCAGCUUACCGAAGUACACAGAUAAUAAAAUAAAGAGGAUGCCCUUUUACA